AUGGCGCCACCUCUGACGCUGCUGUCGUUGCUGUCGUUGCUGUCGUUGCUGGUGACGGUGCCCACGGAGGAGCCCUGCACGGCGCUGACCACCACGGUGUCUGGGGACAGCACCGUGGUGACCAUCGACUGCGAUGACUUCAUCAUCAUCGUCACCUGCGCACAGGACUACAAGGAAUGGCGGAAGCGCAUCAAGCUUUACCAGAAAAAGAUGGACCUGCAGAAGAAGAACAAAGAGGCCACGAUUAACCUGCUGACUUCUCUUUCGGGAAUCUCCUGGCGGCAGGUGGAGCACAUGGUCGACAAGGUGUCCGAGGACGAGACUGGAUUCGACCAGGUGUUGGUUCAGUUGGACAAGUGCUUCAAGUAUGAUGAUCGUGUUGAAAUGCCUCGGGCGCUGGAGAAGUUCUUCUAUGGCUCAACCAGGAGAGGCGACCAGAGCCUUAUGCAGUACUGUGCAGACCAUCGAGAAGCUCGACGCGAGUUGGAGAAGCACAAGAUCACCCUGCCUGACACGGUGAGCGGCUGGUUGAUGCUGAGGAGGUCAAGCCUGACCUACGAGCAGAGGCAGAUGGUGCAGACGCAGCGCACGUCCCUGGAAGAGGUCAAAGUUGAGGAGGCGAUGUACUACCUCUUCGGCCAGGACUAUCGCGGACGGAGCGAUGUCCGAUGGGGUGCAAAUGCCCAAGCUGCUAAGCUCCAUCAACGAUGGCCUCGCCGACAGCAUGCCUAUGCCGCUGAGGAAGCCUAUGAGGUGGUGGAUGAGGAGUUCAUGGAGGAUGACUACAUCCAGGACUUUGCCGAGACCGAGGACGCCUACUAUGAGGACACCAUGGACCAGGACAAUGACACCGCUUGGGAGACCUAUGAAGCUGAGGACAACAUCGAAGAGACCUACUACCAGGCUGACGACUUCCAAGACUAUGAUGGAGCAAUGGAAGAAGCCUACGCUGCCUACUUGGAUGCCCGGCGUCAAUUCGCCAACCUUCGUGCAGCACGUGGAUAUUAUCCAGUUGUGGCUUUGGCUCCUGAUGCAGCUGGUGGUGGAGCUCCUUCGCAACUCCCAGUUUCUCCUGGCGGCAAAAGCAAGUCCAAAGGCAAGGGCAAGAAAAAGGGGUUCUCUUCCAAAGGAAAGGGCCGAAAUGCCAACCCCCCUCAAAAGGGAUCCAUUCCAUCAAGAACCUCUGCAUUCUUUGGUGGAUCUGCGACGUGCUUCGUUUGUGGAAAGGCUGGACAUUUGGCGGCACAAUGCCCCAAUGGGUCACCGACUUCGAAAGGAAAUUCAUCGGCGUCUUCACCCUCUAAGAGGCCUAAGACUGCUGACGCGAUGAUGGUGACUGAUGAAGCCCUUCAUGCAGACGAUGGAGUACCGCACCUGGGUCCGAAAGGUUGGUUUGGAAUACAGGAUGGUGGGGCCUCCAGCAUGGUGAUUGGGCACAACACCUUGAUGAAGGUCAUGGACCAUUUGGGCGAGAAGGGAGUGAAGACCGCCACAUACAAGUUCCAUCCUACGGAGAAGAUCUUUGCAUUUGGCGGUGAUGCUCGACGAGAAGCUGCCUGGUCAGUUCGUUUGCCUGUUUGGGUACAACAACAACAUGGCUACAUCGAAUGCUUCGUCGUCGAGGGCAACACCCCUCUCCUCAUUGGUCGUCCAAUCCUUGCUGCGUUGCAGGUGAAAACAGAUUUUUCAUCCAACACCAUCUCUGUCUUGAACAAUGAGUGGAAGCCUGCGGUGAUUGGAGAGCGAGGUGAAUACCUUCUUCAACUGGAUGAUGGAGUUUUUGAAGAUCCUGAAGGAACCUUGGUGAACUUCGACUACAUCACGGAUGAGACCUAUGGCCACAUCGAGAACACCAAGGACACCUCUGCCUAUGUCACCCUGGUGGACUACCUGACGGCGACUGGAAGAUCCCCGCCUGAGAAGGCUUUCUACCUCAACUACAUUGGCACAUCAGCGAUGUCCCCCAAGGAGAAAGUGAUGCCUGAGUUUUCCGAGCCCAAGGACAUCCGCAGAGAGAUCACUGACAAGCUGAUGAAGACCAUGUACAUGCACUUCCAUGUAUGGGGCAAUCGAAGGACGAGCACCACUGAAGAGAUCUUGAACACCCAUACAACGGGCCAACGAGUCUUCUGGGAGGUCUACAGUGGCGAUGGCUUGCUGUCCAAGACCUUUGAGAGAAAUGGAUGGAAGGUGCGAAGCUUCGACCUCACCAAUGGUUGGGACUUUGAGAAGGCCUCCAACAGACGAGCCUUCUUGGAACUACAAGACAAAGAAUGUCCUGACUUCAUUUGGUAUGCGCCCCCAUGCAAGAAGUGGUCGACCCUGCAGAACUUGAACCUGCACACCUUGGCCCAGAUCGAGGCGUUGGAAGCUGAACGUGAUUUCCAGGAAGCCACUCAUCUACGACUGUGCUCCCGCUCCUACAUGAAACAGAAACGAGAAGGACGCCAUGCUGGCUUGGAGCAGCCCAGGUACGCUGUUUCAUGGAAGACCAAGACAUUGAAGUCUUUGGAGGAUGAUGGCUUCGACAGUCUCCUGGACCAGUGCCAAUUCGGCACCAUGUUGCCCGACAGCUACGGCGACUGGAUGUACAUCAAGAAGCCGACGCAACUGAGGUGGUCCUCUUUUGAAGCAGCUGAGGAGAUGACCCGACUUUGUGUGGGAAAUCAUGAACACCUUCCCAUUGAAGGUUCAAGUCCGAAGAUUGGCAACCGAGCCCGAGCUUCUGGAGCCUAUCAACAAGGGCUUUGCAAUGCCAUCUAUGACACCGUCUGCAGGAUCUAUGAGAAUGAGUUUGUGGAGGAGGCCUAUGCUAAUGACGAUGCAGAAGCCACUGAGGAGGAGUUCCCCCUGGAGAAUAACACCAAUGAUGAUGCGGAACAAGGAGAAGAAGAACAAACAUCUCCAGAGGGUGACCCCGCCCUGAAUCCUGAUGAGGCUGACCCUCGAAAAGCCCCUCAAGGAGCUCUUGGAAGAUUGCGAGGCACUUCAGCCCAGGAUGUCAAGCGCACCAUCAUGCGAUUGCACCGCAACUUGGGGCAUCCUACAAGUGGUGAGCUCAUGAAGCUUCUGGAACGUCAAGGAGCAAGCGCCGAGAUGAUUCAAGGUGCCAAGGAGCACCAGUGCAACACCUGCGAUUUGCACAAGAGGCCGAUUGGACAUCCAGUGUCUUCCGUUCCACGGCCGACACACUUCAAUGAUCGAGUUCAAGCUGACACUCUUUGGGUGCAUGUCCCAGGUCGCAGAAAGGCCACACCGGUGCUCAUGAUGAGCGAUGCCACAAGACUUCUUGCAGGACGAGAGCUUCGAACUGAGUCCACUGAGGAGUUCAUCAAGCAGAUGGAACGUGGAUGGGUCCGAAGUUUUGGCCCGAUGAAGCGACUCUUUGUGGAUGAGCAUCGGGCCUGGUGUUCAGAUGGCAUGCGACAAUGGUGCACGGAGCAAGGAGUGGAGCUCAAGAUCAGCCCUGGAGAAAGCCACACUCGCUUGGCUAUCUUGGAGCGACGGCAUCAAGUUGUUCGACGAGCACUGACUGCCUUCCUCACGGACAACCCUGCCAUUGCUCAGACCCCUGAGGCGAUGAUCACAGCACUUUGCUACGUGAUUCCUCAGGUCAACAGGAUGCCAAAUGUCUCAGGGUACUCCCCGGUGCAGUGGGCCAUGGGAUAUACACCCCACAUACCGGGCUUGCUGAUGGAGGAGCAGAUCACCCCAAUCCACUUGGAUCCCACUGAAGCCUUCAAGGAGAAGUUGGAACUGCAAGCAUCAGCUGCCAAGGCCAUCACCGAGGCCAACAUCGAUGCUCGACUUUGCAGAGCUCUUCUCAGGAAGUUUGUGGGUCAGCCCUUGGUCCUCAACUCAGGCGACAGAUGCUACUACUGGAGAGAUGGACCUGCAAACGGCCCCAAGCUUCGAUGGCGUGGACCUGCAGUGGUGGUGAUGAAGGAGACAUCAGAAGCUGGACCUCAUGCUGACAUCUACUGGUUGGCUCAUGGCACAACUCUACUUCGUGCAGCCCCAGAACAUGUUCGCCCAGCAAUGCAUCCUGAGAACGAUGAAUCCAGAGCCAUGGACUCCAUCGACCGUGCCAAGCUGGCCUUGAUGAAAGUCCGCAAUCGCGGUGUGACGCACUACAUCGACUUGCCAAAGUCCAACAAGCGCAAGCGAGAAGAAGUGGCAUCAGAAGAUGAGGCGGAGGAGCUUGACCACGAGAUGGGCGACUUUGAGGCCGAGCCCUUGCAAGAUCGAUGGCAAGCUAGUGAUGAUGGAAGGACCUGGACCAGGAUCCACAACCAAGGACGACAACAACUCUUUGUGCCGGACCUGCUCUACGACGAGGUUCCCUUCCACCUGUUCACCAAUGAGCGCGUCACCCACAUCCGCAGAGGUGGACCCAAUCCUGAGACUUUGGUGGUGCGAGAUGAAUGGAACGGUCCUGAUGCUGACCGGAGGAUGCACUACAGUUGGACGGGGACAACAACCUUUGUGGUGGACGCUGGCUUGCAGACCAGCGAUUCAGAUGGGGAGAUGCGACAGCUCUUCAGCGGAGGUGGACCCACUUGUGGCGGCGCUGGUGGACCAGAUGAUGAUCCAACUGCCCCCUUCAGAGGACCGCCAUCAGUGUCUCCGAGCCCGAGCAUCGCCGACGAUGAGGACAUGCGAGGAGCUGAUGGUGGAGGCCCUUCAGACAAUGCAGCAACACAGGCCAUUUUGGCCGAACCCAUGGAUGAUGGACAAGAUCAACGAACCCUGCUGCCCACACCUGCUGGCAGUGUGGUGGAACCGAUGGAAGAACCACCAGGCCAACAAGCUACACCACAUGGACGACUACCUCCACCUGCACUACUUCCUGAAGAUCAACCUUUUCCUGUACAACCUCAACAAGCCCCUCAACCUGCUCAACCAGCACAACCUUCUCAAGUACCUCCACAAGCUGGCCGACCGAACUUUGAACAACAACGACGACGACAUGAACAACAAGAGGCAAUGGUCCUACCACGAACGUAUGGCCCUGCUCCACGGACUUUGCCCAGAGUGACACCCUAUUCAGAACGACCUCUACAUGAUGAAGAAGAUGGCCAACUCUCCUUCACGGUGGACCUCAAUGAGAAGACCAAGUUGCCCAGAGGAUGGAAACAUGAGCAUGGCCACAUGGUCCUUGACGACAGUGUGAUGGAUGCCUGGGAGCUCAAUGGCAACUACCUGACCCGACGUCACUAUGCCCCUAGGCAGCAGGACUAUAUCCCGGAUGAGGACACCUGCCCUUUGCCAUUGCACUUCCUGGACAAGAAGAAGGUGGUCAGUAUGGGGAACUGUCUGUUCCGUGAAAAGUGGAAGAGUGGCAACCUCAAGAAGAAGUAUGCCAACAACCUGUGGACUGGCUACACGCGCUUCAAGAUCCUCCCAGCUUGGCGGAAGCAAGCGAAGGAGCUUUUUCAGCAGAACUUGGAGCAGUGCUAUGCCCAGGAGCCGAGCAACCAGCCCCUCAACGAGCGCUACAUGAGCCUUGAGGACAGGAUGGCCUUCAGAAAGGCAAAGAUGAAGGAGCUGCAGUCUUUCUUUGACAACUCCGUCUGGCAAUUUGACCAAGGACAAGGAGUUCCAGAUGACCGCAUCUUGAAGGCGAAGUUCAUCCUUGGUUGGAAGAAGAACCCAGAUGGCUCUCCCAGGGCAAAGGCCAGAUUGGUUGUUCAAGGUUUUCGUGACCCAGAUGCCCUGAAUGGAUCUUUGUCAACGACGAGCCCUACAUUGACCAGACUGUCAAGGGGAUUGAUCCUUACAGUGGCAACUAUGCUGGGCAUGGAGCCGUUCACAAGUGAUGUGAGCACAGCCUUCCUGCAAGGCAAGGGCUUCAAGGCUGAUGGGACGCGUGAGAUAUGGGUGCGCCUUCCCAAGGAUGCCGAAACCAUCUUGGGGAUUGAGCGAGACAGCGGAAAGUUGAUGAAGUUGGUGAAACCCAUCUAUGGCCUUUGUGAUGCCCCACGUGCCUGGUAUGAGGAAGCCACAGAGCGUAUCCUGAAGAUUGGCAAGGGUAGCAUCAUACAACACCCUUUGGAUGCCUGCCUGUUUCUGGCCUUCGACCAGGAUCCUCAUCAAGCUCAUGCACUUGGAGUGGAACCGCAACUGAUUGGCAUGUUUGGCAUGCAUGUGGAUGAUUUGUUUGGGUGCCUGAUGCCCAACAAUGAGUACGCCACGCAGCUCCAGAAGUCCCUCAAGGAAGUCUUCAGCUUUCGUGAAUGGCUGAAUGGAGAUCAUCUUGAAUAUUGCGGCUGCCAGGUGGACAAGGUCAACAACAAUCACUGGCGACUCCACCAGGAGAAGUACCUGCACAAGCAAAAGCCUAUCAGCAUCUCCAAGGAGCGCAAGAAUCAAGAAGAUCUUCCAGUGACCGAAAGCGAGAGGACACAACUACGUGGGUUGAUUGGAGCAAUGCAAUGGCCUGCGACACAGUCCUCACCGCAUUUGCAAUCACAGGUCUCUAUGCUGGCUGGCGAUGUGACCAAGGCCACAAUCAAGACGCUGAAUUCAGCAAACAAAACCCUGAGGAUGGCGAAAACCAAUGCAGAUGUUGGAUUGGAAUACCGCUACUUGGGGGACAAGAACGACCUUACCAUGAUUGCCUAUAGCGAUGCCUCCUUUGCCUGCCGCAACGACCUUAGCAGCCAAGGCGGCUACAUGCUUGUGAUGGUGAACAAAAAGGUUGCAGAAGGCGAAGAAGGAUGGUACAAUGUGUUGGACUGGAGAAGCUGGAAACUGCCACGAGUGGCACGCUCAACCUUGAGCGCUGAGAGCCAAGGCGCUUCAGAAGCAGCAGAUGCACUCCUUUUUGCAUCUACGUUUUGGAACCUCAUUUGGUCCCCAUGGUUGGUUCUGGACGAUGUGAACACAGCCAAGCUUCUCAAUGCACCUCGCUUGGUGGUCGACGCCAAGGCCCUCUAUGACCUGCUGAUCAAGGAGGAGGUGCAAGCUGGAACAGGAGCUGAUAAAAGAACCACAAUUGAGGUUUUGGUCACCCAGGACAAGUUGAAGUGUUGCGGAGCCCUCACUUCAUGGGUUAGCUCUGAGCUGCAGUAUGCAGAUGGCUUGACGAAGGAAUCGGCAGCCCAACUUUUGGCAGACCGUCUUCGGAGUCAUCAGACCCGCUUGAAGUCCGACCUGACCUUCCAAGCUGCCAAGCGCAAGACCGCCAACGAGCGCAAGAAAGGAGCUGAGAUGUACGCCAUCAAGAAGCCUGGAAGGGCGAUGCACGCAAUGUUCGCUGGCUUGCUGAACGUGGUGAACGCCCUGGACUAUGACAACAAGACCAACAACACCGAAACAGAGAUGCCCAAUGUGAAAACGCAGAACCUGGCCGAGCACUACUUCCUGGACACCUUCAAGGUCCUCUUCGUGAUCUUCACGACGAUCCUGAUGUUGCUCUUCGGCUGGGCAAUGCUGCGUCGACGACUAUGUCAACGACCUGAUCUACGAGAACCUGAGGAAGAGACAGCCGCCUCGACGGUCACUCGCACAGUGAUGACCCCUGAGGAUGAGGCGACCUUCCGCGCCAUGUAUGAGGAGGUGAUGACUCUUCGAGAAUAUCGAAAGUCUUUGGAGGCCGAGCUCAUGAAGAAGCAGCAGCUGACAAUUGAUGCCCGAGAUGAGGCUCGCCUUUGGAAAGCGAAAUAUGAGCACCUGCGCCCCGACUUCGUGCGCAUGCUGGAGGACACCGAGGUCUACAUCCUCCCUCACAGCAACAUAUGGCACGCUGACCUGAACUGCGUUUUCGGAAGAACAGAUGGGCAACAGACCAUCUAUGGGUGCCAAGCCUGCCGAUUGUGUACAAAGCACAUAGGCAAGGCAGACUAUGAUUUCAAGGGCGAUGCUCGUGCCUCAGCCCCACCUGGAGCAUGGCGAAUUGGCGAUUUAGCCGAUGCACGUGUGAGGGGAGGCAACGGAGGGAUGCUCAUCGCAGAAACUGCCCAAGGUGCUCAGAUGAUGCCAUUUCAGUUGCACGAGCAGGUGGGCCUGGCGGUGCGGGAGACCUUCCGCCGUUUGGUGCGUCCCGAAGAGGUCCGCGUCAGCGGCGUCACGGCCCUGGCGACGACGUCCACGGCGUCCACGGCGUCCACGAGGUGGCGCGCGGCCUUCGGCGUCGGCGAAGCCACGGCGGCCGCAGACACCGCGCGCGCCACGCUGCAGGCGCUGGCGGAGCGGGUGGCAGCGGCACGGGCCGCGGCCUUCACGGCGGAACUGGAGAAUCAGCUGAUGGACGCAGGUGCAACCCCUGGCUCGGAUUUCCUGGUUAUGGAGCUGACCCUGGACCUCGAAAGUUCCAACACCGAGUCCAGCGGGAACGCCUGGUGGGUCCUGCUGCUGAUCUUCGGGCUGUUGGCUCUGGCGAUGCUAGUUUUGGUGCUGCUGCGCCGCCGCUGCGGUUUUGGUGUUGCAACGGCAGGGCCGGCAGGGCCGGUCGUGGUAUCCAAGGCGCUGUGGGAGUUGGAGGAGGAACGCUGGGAACUGGCCGAAAAGGUCCUGGAUACCAAGCCUCCGGUAGUGCCACAGCAAUGGACGGCUCAGUGGAGUGCCAAUGAUGGGGCGUCCGAAACGCGAUUUUAUGAUCUGACCUUCGGGAUUGGUGGGAAAUUGGAAGGCAUCGGAGAAGGUAGAAACGGUACCUGCAAAGUCACCGGUGCAUUUGACGUGAACGACGGCAGCGUCAGAUGGCGCGAAGUUGCACGAACCGGCGGUCCUGGCGUGGUCGAGUGCUAUGGACAGUGGGAUGGCAUGCGCAUCGACGGUUUCUUCACAGCCUUCGACGUGUCAACGCUUCCGCAGCAGAUCGGCCAGGGCCACUUCGCACUCAGCGGGUGCGUCAAAGCUGUAAACGGCGCCGCCAAAGAUGUAGCACCGCUGAGCGAAUUAUCCUCCAACGAAGCGCGCGAAGCGCGCGAAGCGAGGGAGGGUGCAGCCUGGUGUCCAAUGGGAAGCGAUGAGCAGGCGGAGGUCUCCAUGUCCAUGGGCUUGGAUGCGCAACUGGACUAUGUGAGUAGAGCAGGGGCGCUCAGUUUCAGUGGUCAAGGGCGGAAAUUGACUGGCUUGGAUUUCAGUUCCAGCGUUGCCGCCAUGUUGAUGGACGACCAGGGCCAGGCUGCAGUGGUUGGUGUCACUCACGGGUUGUGGCUGGACGAUUCGGAUUUUGUGGCCAGUGAUGCCAGUGAUGCCAGUGAUGCCGGCACCGGUGAUGUGCCCGUGGAACGCCUGGGUUUCCCCACAGAUUGGCCAGCGGCCUACAGCUCAACGGGCUUGAAGGGCUUGAUUGGGAAGCGUGGAAAACUCCCCGCCAAACGGGUGGCAUUGGCAGGGGAACCUCUGGAAGAAGAGAAAGCUGAGAUUUUUUCGAAGAAAGUCUUAGAAACGGUCUCCUUCCAUCCUUUGCAGAGCUUCUCCAACGCCCUGCGUGCCGUGGAUGUGGCCUCGGUUCCGCUGUCCGUGGUGCGCGGCUGGGUCAUCUGGGAACUGCUGGAGGAGCAGCGCGGCACAGGACGUUUCCUGGCGCAGCGCUACUGGUGGAACGAACGCCGCGACGGCCGCUGGCUGGACGUGACGCCGCGGCCGUCGCCGUCGUCCGCGCAGCUGCUGCUGGUGGAGCCCAUGGAGCCGGCGCCGACGAAGACGCUGCAGGCGUUGAGCCCAAAACAGGCGCAGCUGGCGGCGAGGUACCUGAAGGAGAAGUUUCCACACUUCAAAGGGCCAGAGCAGUUGGAGCCGAAGACCGAGGUGAAGGAGGUGAAAAAAAUGGAUGUGAAAGAAGUGAAACCGCGGGAAGUGAAGCCGACAGUUGAGAAAGUUGAGAAAGUUGAGAAAGUUGAGAAAGUUGAGAAAGUUGAGAAAGUUGAGAAACCGCAAACCAAAGCUCCGACUUUGGAUUAUUCGAAGUGGAGCAACAUUGUGGAUUCCGAUGACGAGGAGGAUCCUAGGGUCGUGGAUGAAGAUGUUGGGGUGAAGGAUCUGGCUGAAGGUGCCAAGGCCAAAAAGGAACCGCCCAUCCCAGACUAUCUGCUGGGUAGCACUGGUGGUGGUGGUGGAACUAACUGCCUCACCAGCAUUGUGAAGAUGUUGGAUUCAGAACAGACCCAGGAAAAUGUGCACCAGUUGGCGCAGGUUUUUGGGCGCAGCUUCCAUAGCGCCAUGUUGGACGCGGAACGCCAAGAGUUCUAUCGGAAAGCGUUGACGACGUUGACGACGUCCGUUCCCUCGGCCUUCGUGGUGAUUCUGGGGCUGGGCUCGGUGCUGCCGAUGCUCACGGCGAAGCAACACUUCCAGGGAAUGCUGCUGGAGAGCUCCGAAAAACUCGGGAAAUUGGCUGAAGAGCUGUUGACAAAUAAUCAAAAUGAGAACUUUGAGGUUGGAAUUGUGAAGGCACUGGAUGAUGAAGAGUCCAUCCUGGAAGUCCUUCGGCCAAAGCUGGUGCGCCACAGUACGGUGGUGGUGCUGACCGAACGCAUGGCGCACGACUUGUUGUCCAAUGGCAUCGUGCCCUGCUGCCUCAGCUGCCACAAGGCGGUCAAGAAGUUGUUGCCCUCCGCGGAGAUUUUGCACAUCCCCCAGACCGUUGAGCUGUUAGCCGCCCCUGGGGAAAUACGCUCAGAUCGGCUGGGGAGUUUUGACAUCAGGCCCUUCAAUGCGCUGAGACAUACCUCUUCUAAUGAAAAGGCAGACUUUUGGUGGUGGCCUGUGCGUAUGGACAACCAGCAGAACACCAUAUGUUCCAUCUUGGGCCCGUCCAAAACGCUGUGCGGCUUCGACUUCCAACGUGCUCCGGAAAUUGGACUGGAAGAGGUCAGAAGACCGUUGAAGCUGCAGGCCACUCAGCGGGGACGCUGCAACUGCGCCUGCCUCUGGUGGGUGGCGAAAUUUCGGCACUUGGAAUUUUCCACACGUCCGGCCCUAGCCGCUGGCAAGGACGGCAAGGAUGGCAAGGAUGGCAAGGCCAAGAGGUCGGAGUGGAAGCAGGCCAUCCACUACUUGGCAGGAGAAACAGCUCUUUUCCCUGGUGAUGUCAUCGAAGUGCUGGUCUCCAUCACUCCCAGAUUCACCUUCCGGAUGAUGCAGCAGAGCCCCAUGUCGGUUGAAGCGCCGAUGUGGGUGCAAGCACCAACCAACAGCAAAUUUAGUGCAACCCUCCCGAUUUUGCCAUAUCAUUUCCUCAUGAUGACGGAUUUGGAGCGUUUGGACGUGUACCAAAGAGCCUUGAAAGCGACCAUCAAGCAGCAAGCAGCCAAGCUUGGGCGACGCGUGCGGGUGUUGGACGCUGGCUGUGGCAUUGGAUUGCUGGGAUUGAGCGCAGCCCUGGAAGGCGCCGAGGUCUGGCUCUGCGAGGCGGUGCCCUUGAUGCGCCACGUCUGCCGCGAGGUCGUGGCGGCCAACAGCGGCCUGGUGGCGGAGAAACGAGGACUUGUGCAGCUGUUGCCGCCAAUGAUGUCCACGCGACUUCAUACGGAGGAGGUGCCGAACUUCGACAUCGUAGUCUCUGAGGUCAUGGACCUUUGGUGCUUGGGUGAGGGCAUCAUCCCCACCAUGCGCCAUGCGCAUAAGAAGCUGCUGGCGCCCAAUGGUGUCCUGUUGCCGGGCAAGUUGCGGGUUUAUGUCCAGCCCUUGGAACUGUCGCUGUGGAGAGAGGUGGAGGAAGGCAACCAGGUGGAUUUGCAGCCGCUGUCGCAGCGUUUCCGCAGCAAAUUCUCUGCCCUGCGCAUCGAUCAGUUCCCUCAUCGCUAUCUCACUAAGGAGCCGAUUUUGGCCAUGGAAAUCGACCUGGCGAAUCUCCCAGCGCAACCCGCGGAGGGCGAGGCCAACAUCGAGGGAGGGGUGAAACUCUGCAUCCGCAUGGGAAAGAAACCCGCCUUGAGCGCCAAGGUGGUCAGCUCCAAAAUCCAUCACCGUGGCAUGUUGUCCGGCUACGGCCUCUGGUGGUCAGCGGAUUUGGCGGGGCAUCAGGUAACCAGUGAUCCCAGCAACCCACAACGGAGUUGGAAACAGCUGGUGCGCUGGCUGGAUGAACCUCGAUUUGUGGAGGAACAGGAGGAGAUUCAGGUCUUGACGUGUUACAACGACCAGCAGGUGAAUGUCGAGGACAUCCACCUAACGCGGGAGAUGAUUGAGCAGUACCAACAACAACAGGUCAUUCUGAGCCCGGAGUGGUCCCAGCGGCGGAAAGCUUGCGAGGUGGCUGCCAUGAUCGGGCAAAAGAUGGGCCGAGGUCAUAUGGAACGACUGGCAGGAACUUUGGUGGACGUGGCGCUGAUGGAUGGGGAUGCGGAAGUCCGUCAAGCUGCGGUGGAAGCGAUUGUCACAUUUGACCAUGAAGUUCAACAGCAGGCAGCUCAGCGGAUUUGCGAGGAUGGGCUUCGCUACGAGUUCGAAUCUUUGCACUGCAGUCGGCGCAAUGUGAAGACUGCGGCUUGCAGUGCCAUUGGAAGGCUCGGAGCAGAUUUUGGCUUGCCAUACCUGGAAGUCUUGCAAGAUUGCUUGAAGGACAAGUCCAGCAUGGUGAAGAAAACUGCCAUGGCCGCACUGUGCGCCUGGGGUAAGCCUGUGGCAUCACAGGAGAUUGCCCGGAUGCUGGUUCAAGACUUGGGAAGAGCUGUCAUUGGGGAUCGUGAUCCUCCAGUACGUGCAGCAGCUUGCGACGCGCUUGGCAGCAUCCUGGAAGGAGCACCCGAUCUCCCUCAUCCAGUGGUGGAGGAGCCAGAAGACGAUGAUGAUGAGGUGGACGAACUACAGGAAGAGCCCGUGGCCCGUGCAAGAACGUUGUCGGACGAGGAGUUGCAGCCACUGAACAUUGCCGUGCGCUACAUCACCCGCGUGCUUCAAAGCGACGACUAUGUCUGGGGAACUGAGCAAUGGCUGGUGGGUUCUUUGGUUAUUACCACCAAACCAUUGGAUUUUUGUGCCAUGGCCACCUUUGGGCGAAAGAAGGGUGCCAUCUCUUCGCGCUCGGACAAGAAGGACCGCGACUCCUUGAAGAAACUCCUGGAGGAGGAAGCUGAACGCGAACGCUUCGCGGAGGAGUUUGAGGAGAAGGAGGCAAAAGCAGAGAAACGACGUUUGCGAGAGGCAGAGGAGGAUGAGCGGGAGCAAAAGGAGCAACGAAAGGCAGCAGAAGCACAGAAGGGCAAAGCCAACCCAGUCUGCUUCUUGGACAUCGAGGUCCACGCGCCUGCCGGCUACGGAGAACGACACGGUCGGGUCGAGGCUUCAGGGCGCUUGGAGAUCGAACUCUUUGCUGAUGUGGUGCCACGAACUGCUGAGAACUUCCGAUGCCUUUGUACCGGUGAGAAAGGCCGGGACUUGUCCUUCAAGGGCUGCGAAUUCCAUCGGAUCAUUCCUGGUUUCAUGGCGCAAGGCGGUGACAUCACCCAUGGUGAUGGGACAGGAGGACGUUCCAUCUACGGCCCCAGCUUUGCGGAUGAGUCCUUUGCACGACUCCAUGCGCGAGCCAACAUUUUGUCCAUGGCCAACAGCGGGCCCAAUACGAACAACUCGCAGUUCUUCAUCCUUUUCGGCCAGGCGAAGCACUUGGAUCGAAAGCACGUGGUCUUUGGGGAGAUUGUGCGGGAGGAUGGCCAGGUGAUGAAGAAGAUCCAAGCCUGCGGCUCCCAGUCCGGUGAAGUGAAAGGCAGCGUGGUGAUUCGGAGCUGCGGGCAGCUCCGCAGCGCCGAGGACGAGCAGCGCAGCCGCGAGCGCUUCCGGCGCUCGCGCACGCGCUCCACGUCGCGGCGGCGCACGCGGAAGCUGUCGGAUCGCGCCUCAGUUCGUCGGUCUGCAGCCUCGGCACUUGGAUCCAUAGGUGGCGAGGUCUGUGUUGCCCAAGCAGAGUGCCUCUUCGUUGCCACCCUGCAAGACAAAGACAAGGAGGUGAGGCUGCGCGCGGCUGCUUCCCUCACAAAGCUAGGUGGCCUCUAUACGCAGCAAAUUGCGGAAGCCCUGGCUAUGGCUCUGGAAGGUCGUGACCUGGAUCCUUCAGCCAAGUUAGCAGCUGUCGGAGCUUUGCACACUCAAGGUACCUUGGAUCAGAAGUACGCCACGACUGUCAGCAGCGCAUUGCUGGACGCGGACGAGGAUGUUCGUGAGCUCGCCGCCUGGACCUUGCUGAAUGCGGAGGAGGCCAGCCUUCCCUACGGAAAGCGCUUGAUGAGCACAGCCGUCAACGACAAGGUGGCGUAUGUCCAAGCAGCUGCCGUCAACGUCCUCCAAGCCUUAAGCGGGCAACUGGCCCCAUCCGACUUUGCCGAGCAGCUGGCCGCGGGUCUUAGCAGUGAAGAUGUCUCGGCGCGCUGGGGAGCCCUGAAGGCCCUGAGGGCCUUGGGAUUGGACGCAGUGGAACCCUACUCCCGGGAGUUGGCGUUGCUACUGCCGCGGAGCUCAGCUUUGCACUGGAGAUGA